AUGGGGCACUUCCCACCACCAGAAAUAGCGCCCUUUGCUUAUCAAACAAAUGAAAACCUAAUAGAACAUAGACGACUUACACCUAUUGCGAACACUAGUACUCAUGACCCCCAUCGGCAGAAUAAAACGGGUGGCUGGCAUAGAAGAACUAAAAGUUCGGAUAGCGAUCCUAUGCAACUUAUGCCGGACCAUGUUAAAGACGCGCAGAACUUGGUGCCUUCGAUGCCGAAAGAGAAAAAAGGAAUUUUGGGCCGGUUUACCAGGAAGAGGUCAAAGGAUAAAGAAGCUACACCUGAAGUCCGUAAAAGUUCAGAGUCAGAGCACUCGUAUGUUUCAGCAACAAACACGCCGGCGAUAGAAAAAGAUGACCCAGUUGCUGGAUAUGGUCGAUCAGUCUCUGCAAAUUCUCAUUGGGUAAAGGUAACUAUUAAACGAAAAGAAUCUUAUAAGGAGCAGGGAAUAAUAGACCCGGAACGGAGUCACUCAAUACGCCAGAUCUGUGUCGAUGAUGAUGUGCCCUCGCUAGACGGUUGGCGAGAGCUACCACCGCCCGGUGGAGCCGAAGGAUGGUCACCACCGGAAUCAUGGGCAGUACGGAAACCUUCUGUUGAGACUGUGACGCUCGUUGAUGAUGAAGAUACCCGGGAAGCUGAUAGCGAUAAUUGGUAUUAUGGGAAAAGAUUGUUUUGCAUACGUAUAUUUCGACCAGAUGCCACUUUCGGAACUGUUAGCUGUGGUUUGAACACAACGACUUCAGAACUGUGUCAUAUUUUGGGGAAGAAAUUUUUCAUAGCGGACAUAACGAAAUAUAAUUUAUAUGUAAAGAGACAUGAUCUGGAACGCGUGUUGACGCCGCAAGAGCGACCACUACAAUUGCAAAAGAGACUUUUGGAACAGGCAGGGUAUACCGAAGUUGACAGAUUGGAGGAUCUUGGGCGAGAAGAUAACAGUUAUUUGGUCAGAUUUACCUUCAAAGAAACAAUUAUUCCCAGGUUUGAGGAAGAGGAAUCUCUCGCUCAAUUCAAAGAUGUCGACUUGCAGAUGCGAAAUCUGCAAACGAUUCCCAUAUUUCUAUACCGUCAAGCGUAUUUCAUUUACUCACUCAAUGCGUCUCGAAAUCUAAUGCUCGAUUUACCAACCGACUUUAUCCAAUCAUGUACGCAACUCGGCGAACUUCAUCUCGCCCACAAUGAUCUUGACAGAGUCCCACAAUCAGUCAGACAAUCGGAAAUGCUAUCUCUUCUCAACCUCUCGUCCAACAGACUCAAAGAUCUCGAUCAUGCACGUUUGGAUAAGAUCAGGGAAUUAGCCAACCUAGACGUGGAGAAUAAUCAAUUGAAGACACUUCCGAGCUUGUUUUCACAUUUUCGUGCGCUUACCAAACUCAAUAUCGCCAACAAUUUGUUUACGACACUUCCCGAGGUUAUAUGCAGUAUUCAAACUUUAGAAAAACUUGACGCGUCAUUUAAUCGCAUAUCAUAUAUUCCGCAAGAAAUAGGUAAUCUGCGAGCACUAGAACAAUUGUACGUCAUUGGAAAUCAAAUAACUGGCACUCUUCCGCAAACUUUCGCCAAUUUAACAAACCUUCGUGUGUUGGAUAUCAGUCACAACGCGCUGCAAAGUAUUGACGUUUGCGCUAAAUGUCCUAAUUUGGAGUGUCUCAUCGCGGAAUCAAACAAUGUCAGCAUUGUGGAUUUAUUAUUUCCAUGUAUAUCUCGACUGGUACUAACGAAGAACCAGUUAACUCAGUUCUCAUUAUCGGAGACGGCUCUGUCUUUAACAUAUCUGUCACUUACAUACUCCAAGUUAACAAGUCUUCCAGAUGCGUUAUUUGAACAAUUAAGAUCGGUCGAAAGACUCGAGUUAUGCCACAACCAAAUUGUAUAUAUUCCAAAAACAAUUAGUAAUCUUAAAAACUUGACACGUUUUUCGUGUACUUAUAAUCGGCUUGGUGCCCUGCCCCCUGAAAUAGGGAAGCUGUCAUCAUUAAGAUUCUUGGACGUUCAUAAUAACAAUCUGACUGCACUACCCAAAGAAAUUUGGUGCUGUCAAAGUUUAGUCACGAUCAAUGCAUCAAGUAAUUUACUAGAAACAUUUCCUGCUCCAUAUUUGCCUAUGCCAUCUUCUCCACUCGCUUCCCCGCUCGCUUCCCCACUUCCGUCACCUGUACCAGGAAGCAGAGCCAACAGUUUAUCGCCUACGAUGCCUGUUAGAACACAACCAAGUCCUCCGCCUACCCCUCCCCUGGCCACGGCUCUACGAGAACUGUUUCUUGGUGAUAAUCGGUUGACAAACGAUAUCUUUGCCAUUAUUUCCAAGUUUACCGAAUUGAGGCGUCUAAAUUUAUCUUUUAACGAUAUUGAUGAAAUACCGAAUGGAGGGGUGUUUAGUCAGCAUCUGGUAGAAUUGUACUUGAGUGGGAAUCAAUUGAGUGCAUUACCCGAUGAUGUUGAGAGGUGGACUUCACUGAAGGUGUUGCAUGUGAAUGGAAACAAGUUAAAGUCACUGCCUGCAGAUUUGAGUAAGAUUAGAAAGCUGGUUGUGUUGGAUGCCGGAAGCAAUGCAUUAAAGUAUAAUAUUGCCAACUGGCAAUAUGAUUGGAACUGGAACUGGAAUAUCGACCUCAAAUAUCUCAAUUUAUCCGGCAAUAAACGCUUUGAAAUAAGACCUCUUCAUGACAUAACCCCAAUGCGUGAUCGUGAUCGCAACCUUGCUAACUUUAGCACUCUCAAUAAACUCAGGGUACUCGGCCUAAUGGACGUUACACUUCUCAAGAUCCCAUUACCCGACGAGUCAGACAAUCGACGCGUCCGUUUAUCCGGAUCAGAGGUAAAUUGUAUGGCAUAUGGUAUGGCUGAUACCCUUGGUCAGGCUGAGCAUCUAUCCACAUGGGAGGUUGUCAUUCCCAAAUUUCGCAACAGUGAGGAUGAAUGCUUGUUUGGACUCUUUGACGCACACAGCGACUCUAGUCAAGGUAGUCUAGUCACAAAAUAUUUACACGACUGGACUAAUUUCCAUCUGGUUAGCGAGCUUGACAAGUUGAGAGAGAACGACACAAUCGAGUCAGCUUUACGUCGAGCUUUUUUGAGUUUGAACAAGGAAUUGGGCGCAAAAGUAUUUAAUUCAAACAUGGAAAGAGAGCAUACGCUAGAACAUGAACGUGCAUCGGCACCUGCGAUAGACGAUAGCAAAGCAGGCGCGUCUGGUAUAUUCGUGUACAUCGUUGGAACAAUACUUUACGUAGCUAACGUAGGAGAUGUUGUUGCCGUAAUCUCGCGCAAUGGAGGUACCGCAGUUCCCAUAGCAAGCAAACAUUCUCCACUGCAAUCUCAAGAAACGGUACGGAUACGUACCGCCGGCGGAUUCAUUUCUCAUGAUGGAUGCCUAAACGGUGAACUCAAAGUAAGCCGUUCCUUUGGACAUUUCCAUCUAAUUCCUAUCGUAAACUCCAAUCCAUCAAUCGAAACAGUGGAAUUGUCCGAACAAGAUGAAUUUUUGAUACUGGGCACACGAGGAUUAUGGGAUCGCAUGUCAUAUCAAACUGCCGUCGACAUAGCAAGAACUGAAAAAGAUGACUUGAUGCUAGCUGCUCAAAAAUUACGUGAUUUUGCAAUAUCGUAUGGGGCAGAGGAAAGUAUAGUGGUAAUGAUUAUUGGUGUGGGCGACUUGUUCGAUCGUAGACUUCGCAGACGACGGGAAGGGCGCGGAGCAUGGGACAGCAUGAUUGGGGAAGAAACGACGAUAUACAUUAGCAGUUCUAAUAAAGGGAAAAGGCGUAAAGAGGAGAUUCCUGUUGAUUCUACAAUCGCGCGAUUACAAAAGGAAAUCGCACCACCCACCGGACAGGUAGCAUUAGUCUUUACGGACAUAAAAAAUUCAACUCUCCUCUGGGAAACCGUUCAGUCAGCCAUGCAUCCUGCUAUAAAGGAACACAAUGAUAUAAUGCGCAGACAGUUACGUAAUAUCGGUGGGUAUGAAGUGAAAACAGAAGGAGACGCAUUUAUGGUCUCUUUCCCCACCGUAUUCUCGGCUCUUCUUUGGUGCUUUACUGUUCAGGAACAGCUUCUCCAAGCCGAUUGGCCAAAGGAAAUCCUCGAUUCUGAUGAAUGUAAAGAAGUCUACGGUGGUCGUCAUAACAAUGAACUACUCUAUAAGGGUCUUAGUGUUCGCAUGGGCAUUCAUUGGGGUGCUCCCGUAUGUGAAAUAGAUCCAAUUACACGUAGAAUGGAUUACUUUGGUCCGAUGGUGAAUAGAGCGGCCAGGAUAUGUAGUGCUGCUGAUGGAGGACAGAUAUGUGUUAGCGCAGACGUUGAGGGCGAGAUUAGAUUAUUGUUGAACGUAGACGAUGAUGACGAAACUGUGUUGAGAAAGACUGACAAGGAUGGGGCGGUUCUUGAGACUGUACAAUUGGACGAGACGAUGAUCAAAUUGAGAAAGAUGGGAUUUGUUGUAAAGAGAAUAGGCGAGCGCAAAUUGAAAGGCUUGGAGAAUCCCGAAGAGUUGUGUCUGGUCUAUCCCGAGGCUCUAAAAGGUCGCCUCGAAGCAGAUCAAGCUAAAGAGAAAACCUAUGAACCGGCGACAGCCCAAAUACUCGACCCAGUAGCAGUCCGUUCUCUGGGUUAUCUCUGUUUACGAUUAGAAAGAGUUGCAUCUGGGAAUGUCUUGGCUGCAAGAAACGUUCGCAAUUCGCGGGCUGAUUAUCUUAGUGGACUGUUGACGUUCCAUGUUAAGGACAAUGCUGAUGACGAAGAGUUGAUAAGGAUUUGUGAAAGUCUUGUUACAAGAAUUGAGAAUGCGCUAUCGACUCUCUAUCUAAACAAGUUUGGGCCAUUUACAAAGGUUCUUGAGCAACUAAGUGAUGUAAUCGCUGUUGAUCCGGAUCACAUUCUGAAAGCGUUACAGAUGUACGCACAAGUAAUGGGAGUGGCUAAAUAA